CUGUUGAAUUCAUUUUCAUUUAAUUUAAUUAGAUAAAGUUGUGGUUAACGAUAAUUUCGUGUGAGAAGGACGCAUAUCUUUAAUGAAAUAAUAUUGUUGUUGUUUUUUUUUUUUUUUUUAUUAUACAUAUGCUAUGGUGGUUAGUUAAAAAUUUUAAUUUAAUAAAAAUUAAUUUUCCAUUCGAUUGUUGAACGUUGUUAGGGCAUAUGGAGGAAAAGUGCGAAGCUAUUGAUUUAAAUAAAUGCCAUCAAGUGGUCAGUGAUUUAAUAAAUAAAGCUGGUGAAAUCAUUGAUACCCGCAAUGCCCACCGUAAAGAAUUCCUUACUAAACAAGGUGAUAUCGAUUUAGUUACCGAAACAGAUAAAGAAGUUGAGAGUCUCUUAAUAAAGGGCCUACAGAAUGAGUUUCCUAAUCAUCGAUUCAUUGGGGAGGAGGAAAGCAGUGCUGAAGGUGCUCCGCAUAAGCUCACCGAUUCACCUACUUGGAUUAUCGAUCCAGUCGAUGGAACAAUGAAUUUUGUGCACGCUUUUCCCCAUUCCUGCAUAUCGGUUGGACUGGUGGUAAAGAAAGUAACCGAGUUGGCCUACGUUUUUAAUCCUAUGCUGAAGCAAUUAUUUUAUGCACGUCGCGGUCACGGGGCAUUCUACAAUAAUCAAUCGAUUACAGUUAGCGGGCAAAAGCAAUUAUCAAAUGCAUUAAUAACAAGCGAGUUUGGCACCUCCAGAGAUCCCGAGAAAAUGAAAGUGGUCAAAGAAAAUUUCAGUAAAUUAGUGGAAAAAGCUCACGGCAUUCGUAUGUUGGGUUCGGCGGCUUUAAACAUGUCAAUGGUGGCUUUGGGUGCUGCAGAUGCUUACUAUGAAUUCGGUAUACACGCGUGGGAUGUAUGUGCUGCCGAUUUACUUGUGCGUGAGGCGGGUGGUGUCGUUAUCGAUCCGGCCGGUGGCGCUUUUGAUAUGAUGUCUCGUCGUGCUUUGGCUGCUGCUACGCCCGAAUUGGCUCAAGAAUUAAGUGCGAACUUAACUCAAUUCUAUCCGCAACCACGUGAUGAUUGAAAAAUUAAAAAAAAAUUAUAUUUUUUGUUUGUAAUAAACGAAUACAGUUAAAGUAAAGAAUUUUUCUAAAUAAAGUUUUAAAAAAAUUGAAUACUAAAGUUACCGUUACUGCCUUACUCUGCCCAUUUUAUAACAAUGAAGAACAAGAAUUUGAUUUUAAUUUAAUUUUUAA